AAAUCAAAUGCUACUUAAAGCCCCCGAGCCAAUAACUCUAUUCAACAAGAGUCUGUCCGCGCAUGUAUAAAUAGAUUAACCUUUUUGGCUCUAAUUAGGCGACUGCAACAUCCGUCUCAGUGCAUCAAACGGAGGAGAGACCGGUUCACUGCGUGGAGGAAGAAGAAGCUGGUGGGAAACGCAGAACUUCAACUGGCUGAACUGAACAUGACUUGAAGAUGAGCAGUCCUCUGGCUACUUCGGAAGAGACGGACUGUCCUCCCCCAGAGGAAUUUGAGUGUAAAAUCUGCUACCAACGCUACAAUGCCAACAACAGGAAGCCUAAGAUCCUGGACUGCCUACAUCGGGUCUGCUCUCGAUGCCUCGUUAAGAUUCUGGACGUCACCGAUGGAGCGGGCUGCGUACCCUGCCCCUUCUGCCGACACCAAACUGAAAUCACUGAGUACCAGGUCUCCGCCCUGCCUGAUGACGUCAACAUCAUGUCCCACCUGACAAUGCAAGAAAAGUCCUGCAGUUUGGACAAGAAGAGGGAGGUGGUCUUGACGCCAAAGAGUUUGUCCUCCACCAGCCCAUCCCAUGACUCCUCAAACUGCCUGGUCAUCACCAUCAUGGAGGUUCAGAGGGACUUGCAGCACUCUCCAAGCCACAACGGCAGCUCGGAUAUCUACGCCGACCAGAGCCUGGACUCUGUGUCAAUCGGUUCCAAUGGACCCACUGAUCAUGAUGCACUUUCGAAGUUCUGCAAUCACGUCCCACGUAUCCUGGUGUGGCUACUUGGUUUCUUAUACUUUGGUUCGCUGCCCUUAGGAAUUUAUUUGUUAGUGAUCCAGAGAGUGACUCUAGGAAUCGUAUGUGUUAGCUUAGUGCCAUCGAGUCUGACAGUUUGCCUAGUGUAUGGGUUCUGUCAGUGCCUGUGUCAGGGCAUGUGUGACUGCUUUGCCCGGGGCUGAGAGUAUGAAAACCAGUGGACCGAAGGAUAAGGAUAAAAUAAGCUCCAGAAGUAAGAAAGCUAGGGUGAUAUCAUCCUCUUCACGGGGCUUAAUAGCACUCCUAGCAGGCAGCUGUCCUCAUGCAUAUAAAGGACCACGCAGAAAGAAACAGAAACCUAUCUUUAGUGAUGUGCUCUGCUUUCUUCACGCCUACUGCUUCAAUAUCAGUUUGGUCAAGAGGAACAGAAUCACUGACAAGCUCAGCCUGCGACUGGAGCCCGCAGUAUACCUACAGUCCUGUGAUGUACGUCUCUGUGUAUGUGCCUGAGUUGUUCCGUGUUAUGAAUAUGAGCUGUUUUUACAGACUUUUAGAGCAGGCACUCGAUAUUUCACGCAAGCAGAUUUAGGAGGAAAUGACAUAACCAUACAUUGCGAAAGUAUUGAUAAUAACUGAGUUUGUCUCAUUUUGUCAUGCGUCAACAAACUUCAGGGUUUCACCUUUUAGAAGGAUGAGAACACUUAACUUACAGUCAGAAUUGCAAUCGUAGAAUCAUUUUAAGCAUGUUCAUUUGUUAAAAUGAUUGAUUCACAGACACACUACGUCUAAUCUGACUUAGCUUGAGCUAUUUUGCAAAGUAGAAUAUGCAAAAAAAAAUUAAUUGUCCUGAUGUGGAAAGCACUUGCAGCUUUAAUUCCAGCAACAAGCAUUGCCAGAGGGGGUGAAUAGAAAAUGCUUUGAAAAAGAGUUUAAUAAGCAUUUACCCUUCCACUGCACAAACAUGAUCAACUUGGUGUUGGUCUGUAUAACAUGAAUUGCAAAUGAAGCAUAUUGCGUUUUGUUUUUGUGACUUGGCAAAAUGUGGAAAAACUUUAACAAGUAUGAGUACUUUUUUGAGACAAACAUUGAAAUUAGAGAACAUAUUUACUUAUUAUGCAGCAAAAUGAGAUAAGGAAGACUUGUAUAAGAAAUCAAAUCCUGUGAAAAAGGAGAAUUACAUAUACGGCACAAUCAAAAAAGUUACAUUUUCCAAAAUGUACUUGUAUAAAUGAUAUAAAUAAACGGUACAUUCCAACCCCCUAUGGUUCUGCUAUAACUCCUCCAACAAUGGUAUUGGCCAAUGUUAGAAUUUUGUUUAACUGAAACAGACUCAAUAUCUUGGUGGUCAGAAAACAUCUGAUAUUGGCCCAAAUUUUCAUAUAACUGCAUUUCUAAUUCUAAGAUUUGCAUACAGUUAUGAUAAGACUACAUAAGCUACAGGUUUGUUUAAUGUAACUCAUAUACUUUCCAAUUAGUUCUGUCUGGAGUUAAAAUUUGUGUGUCCAAAAGGUGUUUGUUUUUUUUAAUAACUCCAUGUAUUUUUUUUUUCCGUUGUGUCAAAUUUGUAUGCAAGACAUUGUGAACUGGUGCAGAAAAGACUGAUAUUUCCAGAAGCACCUCAAAGAAAGCUAAAAACUGUUUAAUUUUCUAAUAAUAAUUCUGAUAUGUGAGCUGCACUGCUGUUCACAAACAAGGUGGUUUGAAUUGCACGGGUUUCAAAGACGCACAAAGCGUUUGAGUGUUCAAAGCCAAGUCUGAACACACAAACGUUCAGAGCCAAGCCUGAACGUUCAGUUUUCACUCACUGGCUGUAUGAAAACUGAGCUUUCAGACAGCCAGAGUCAAUUUAACUUCUUUUGUGUGUGUCGAUAACUGAGGGCUUUGGAAUGACUUGUUUUAUGUAUUAAUGAUAAAAUUCCAGUAAUCAUUUUUCAAUUUGAAACUAUUUGUCAUCGGAGAGCAAAUGCAGCCAUUUAGGAGGUGUUUUCAGAAAGGCUUUCUGUCUAAUAAAAAUUCUGGUAAUUCCUUUAUGUUUCGGUUUGAUGGCUACAAAUCAGCUUCAAAUUUGACGAUGUUGAUGUUCUCACAGUAACAACCACCUGAACUCCAAAGCCUAAAGUUUCUCUUUCUUAUACGCUCUUCAGCUCUUUUAAUCACACUUUUCUGCCUGUGUCAAUGCCCUCUCAGAAGUUUCCCUUUGUUUGUACACUGUUUGCUUUAUACCACAUGAUUACAUACAGUUGCCAUAAGAGGAUGGAAUAAAAGGAGAAUUAUUUUCAAUAUAAAGCAUGUCUGUGACUAUACCUACUGCUACGCACAUCAGUCAGAUUGACUGCAAAUGAAAAUUAAAGUUAUCGUCAUGAGUGGAUCAACCACACUCCAUUUGAUCAGGCUUGGAGAGACACCAGCACAGUCAGGUCAUACUUCAAAAAUCAAUAAAAAUGAUUUUUUAGGGAGCAAAACGUGAAGAAAAAGAAAAAAAUUAACAGACCCCUUGUCUUGUACUUAUAGG